GGGGAGCCGCCCGAGACCAGACGCCCUCUUUCUUCGCUUCAUACAAUUUAUCUUGUAUAAACCUUUCUGCCAGAGAAAACACCCCCUUCCAGCUCGCAGACAUACCUUCUUACUCUUUUCGAGACUGCAUUCCUGUUUUGCAUCUGCUCCACCCAUAAAGUUCCAGACGUCAUCUGCAAAUUGACCGUACGACUCGACUCCGCAGAGCCUCACUCAACGGCCACCGGCUUUUAUACUUGAACACCGCUGGAACCCGGAGUUGAUGCCUUUGAUCUUCUGAGAGUGUGUGCUGUGCAAGAUCCCCUUUUCUCAAGAUGUUCGCUACAAAGCGGUUAAGCAAGGAGCUUAUCAAGAUAAAAGAACACCUUCCGCCCGGCAUCUCGAUCGUCAAAUCCGACAACCUCGAAGAAUGGCUCAUGGACAUCAAAGUGCUGGACGAGAACCCGCUGUAUCUGAACGAAACCUACCGGUUGAAGUUCACCUUCAGCAAUAAAUAUCCAAUUGAACCCCCCGAAGUCCAAUUCGUCACCACCCCCGCCGCCGCCGAUGAGAAUAACGCGACUGCAACCACCCACCCCCGCCGCACCAUCCCCAUCCACCCGCACAUCUACAGCAACGGGAUCAUCUGCCUCGACCUCCUCAGCUCGGCCGGCUGGUCGCCCGUGCAGACGGUCGAGAGCGUCUGCAUGAGCAUCCAGAGCAUGCUGACCGCCAACAGCCGCAACGAGCGGCCCCCCGGCGACAAGGAUUUCGUCUCGUAUAACCGCCGUCGGCCCAGGGAUAUCAAUUUCAUGUAUGAUGAUGAUAAUGUAUAGCCCCUUCCUCUUCCUGUUUCUGGGGUCAGGAUUCGGGGGGGAGGGGGAAUUGGGGGUGAGGGCGAUUGAAUGAAGAGGGUUGACAGGCGGGACCGAAGGAGUGAAGUAUCAUACUCGAGUGAUCUCUUUCCCGCGGUUCGUUCUUGGGUUCUAUUCUCACGCCUCUGUCGUCUGUUGUGUUUAUCAUCUGCAUGGGGGGUCUAUUGGCGCGGGCGUAUCUGGAGUUUUUCUCUUGUUCUUGUUUCUGGUUUCGAAAUCCCUUGGCUGGCUGAGGCUGAGGCUGGGAUUCACACGGAUCUCCUACAUCUCCCAUCUCCCACCUCCCACCUCCCACCUCCCAUCCUUCCGCUAGCAUUUGGACUUCCACAUCCACAUAUCUUCUUACUGCCUCGCCUAAUGCUUCCCCGUCUUGCCUUGUCUUGUCUUCUGUUUCAUCUGUGAAUCCAAGAAAUGAACCACGAUAUCUCUACUAAUACUAUUCGAUGACC